UUCGAAUUCGAAUUUAAUUUCAUGUUCGUUCCGGUUCUGGAUACUAGUGAGUACAUUUUUCGCAGAUGAACAGGUCCGAAGAGUGUACUAUAAUAUUAUAACAUAAUACAUUGUUGUCAGGCGGUGACCCGGUGCACACCGAACCAUUUGGUCUUCAGGCUCAGACAACGCGCAACGUCAUCCGUGUGUACACAUAAGCACGUCGUUAUAUGGGUGAUACGAUGACGGUGACCCACGGCCGCGACGUGACGGUAACACUGAAGGAAAUGCUCUUUCGGACGAUGGUUUUGUUCGUGAUCACUGUAGACGUAUGUUGGGGAUCCGAUCCACCAAAAUCGUACGGGCCAACUCCGUCAAACGACAACUACCAAAAUAAUUAUGAACCCGAGUUUCAAAGGCCGUUAGCUGUAUUCACGGAAAGACCCGUGAAUGUGGCUAACUUUGUACUGAUUCCAGUUGUGCAAGUGCCGUCCUCAGAUCUAAGGAUGAUUUAUCGGCCACAAAUCGACAGUGUUUCAAAAACCGAACCAGUUAUAAUGUGUAAAUCAUUAACAAAAUCAUUUGAAGCUACCCCCGCAGUGCAAGUGCAAUUACAGCAACCAUUCUACUUGUAUGACGAACGGACGCUCAUACCGUUCCCAAAGUCAGUUACUAUCUUGCACGGUGGUUACCGCAUGUCAAUCCCGGUCGGCAUGGUUGUAGCGCCAGUCCCAGUGGAUCUCCUCCGAGCUGGACCAGUGUUCGUAACCACGCUAUACGCCAUACCCGCGGGCCCCGUGCCAGCGCCGUCGCCAGUUAGGUUCGUCCCGUGGUCGUCUUAUCCUCCGAAUCCAACGGCACCUCAGCCGUAUUCAGCAAAGUAUUCAGCGCCACCACCCCAGUAUCCGGCUCCGCCAGCUCAGUAUCCUGCUGCACAAUCUCCGCCCACGCAGUACUCACAACCGGCACCACCAUCGCCCACUUAUUACCAACACUCGGGAGGCACUGACGGUGGUUACGUCGAAGAGUCCGGCGAACGUGAACCGCCCGGCAAACUGUACACGCAAUUUGCGGCCGGAUCGUUCCAAAAUUCCAAAGAAUCACCACUGUUGCACCAACUUAGAGAGGAGUCUGAAAAGAAUCGCAAGAAGUACGCGCCGCCUUUGUAUUCCAAUCAGUACCAAACGGUGGACGCUGCAUAAACGGGUCAUUGCCGUAUUAGACUUGUCUUAGGGCAGUGGACGGGUGCGGGCAUUCCACGAGGCAGAUGUGCUAAUUUUUUUUAUUAUUAUUUUUAAUUAACGAAAACUAUUUUUCUAUCCCAUAUAUUUGUAUAGGUUACACUUUUAUAACAAAAGACUAUUAUUAUUAUAAUAUUUAUAUUUUUUAUUAUUUAAAUAUUAAAAUAUAAUCAUACCUAUAUAUUAUAUAACUAGACUUAAAUAUUUAUGAAAAAAUUAUACUUUGCAGUAGUACCUAGAGAAGAAAAAGAAACAAUAGUUUUGAAUAGCUCACUUUAUUAGAUAUUAUUAUAUUAUAUUAUUUUUAAUUAGCUAUUUUAGUUUCUACUGGAAAAAAAAAAAAACAAUGACACUUUUGAAAUGCAUUAGGCGUAUACUACUCAUAAAUAUAUUACAUUUAAUUUGUACACCAGUCCCUAUGGCCUAUGCAAUACAUUUUAUAUUAUUUUUGUAAUAAUUAUUGUACUUACAUAAGGAUUGUUAAAUAAUUAUAUAAUUAUACAAAAUCUAAAUUAAAUAUGUUUAUGAUUAAGGAACUUAUGUUGUAUAAUGAUGAAGCUCGAACAAUGUUGAGUCUCAGCAAAUAAUAAUAUUAUAACAAUGUAUUUAUAAUUUAUUUAUAUACAGAAUUAAAUAAUUAUAUUUUAA